CCUGUUGACAAUGGAUACACAUUUAUUAAUCGAUUUAACAACAAUUUUCAGUCGGUCCUAAUUUGCAUUUCGUAUCUCCCCUGUUAUUCACGAAUUUCCAACAAAAGGAGAGUCUCUCGCCUGAUCCUUUGAACUCACCUGAACCCCCAACCCCUUUCUACCCUUCUCCACUCGCUGUGUGAAUGGGGUUGAGGGCUUUUCGCGUAUCCAGAACUCCCCCGGGGGUUUCAUCUCCUGGUAACUAUGAGAAACGGCCGACUGGGAUAGUGCAGUGUCCAAUAUACAAAGUUGAAGGGAAACGAUGGUGUGGGGGUGGGGUUUAUAUCGUCGACGUAAUGUGCCACCUUCGGCGGUGUAUUUUGCUAGAUAAGAGGGAGGGCCCGGUGAAUGGUCUAGUCGAUCGAGCUGAUGAUCGGAUGGCCCAGAUGCCCGGAGAGAAAUCUAAUUUUUUAAUACUCCGCACAUCACCAUUUUUAAAACACAAAUCAAUCGAUAAACUUCUCUCCUGAGUAUUGAAACGUCCGCGAUGUGGUGCCUCAGCAGAUAAAAAUUCCUGGACAUCGAUUCUCAUCCACAGAAUUUGUCGUUAGUAUUAUUAAUGUUUAUAAUCAGUAAUGAUAAUGUGAGGAAUGUCACCAUGAUGCAAUGGGUAAUAAAUUGUUUAUCUGUCCAGCAAUCGAGAUGAAAAACUUCCAUUGAUUUUAUGCUAUCCAAUGAGACUUUUUACGAGCGUCAAUGUAUAAAUUUAAUAAUUCCCAUUGCAGAACUUUGAACCCUUGAAUGAUACGACCUAUCUGCUGAGCAAGAAUUUCACAUUUGCUGGGCUUAUUUUUUUAUUCGAUCUCCAGCAAAUUUUUUAUGUGAUAGGAUUUUAUCGUACUGAUACUAUCGAGUCAAACUCUACGAUUGGUAUUGGCUAAGUUUUGGCUCUGGGUAAGUUAAACUUUGAAACUCUCAAUCUGAAGCAACUACUGAACUUAUUCGAUUUAAUCUUCGUUUUUUUUUCACUGAAUGGUCAUGAGAUUUUUGUCCAGUGGACUGUCCAGCCUCUAGCGAGGUACUUUGCCAUCAGGUUGAUGUAAUUAUCGGGGCAAUUGACCGUAUCAUGAGGGACAAUUCACUGAAAAAAAUGGUACAAAUCAUUCAUUAGUGUUUUAUUAUUUACAGGUGAUGGUGGUACUGGUGGAUAUGUACAAUUGCAAUGGGCAUUGAAAUAGGUCGUUCGAACGAGAAGUCUGAAACUCCGUCGAGCGAAUAAUUUCCCGUCUUUUCACUUAGUUAACUGGAGUUUAUACACAGGUGAGUGAGUCCUCGAUAGCCAACGACCACAGCAAACUCUCGGGAGCUUAUUAUUGGCACAUCAAUGACGGACAAUGAGGAGAGUGGGAGGUGCUGUACAUCCGAGCUGCAUUUGUAUGUAUUCAGCUGCUUCAAUUGUAAGAAGUUUAAACGGUACAUGUGUCAAUGCUUUUUCAUGGAUUAAACUAUUUAGUGGAACAACCUGAUCCAUUAAAAAGUCAACAACAGAAAUAAAAAUUUUCAAAGAAAAUAUUUUAAUGAAUUAUUCUGUUUCUAUAAUUUUUUUUUUUUAAGUCGCGCGAUUCUGAUGGCUUCAACUCUAUUAAUUUGCCCCCGAUUUUAUAUUUAUCCGCCUCUGACUGUUGAAUAAUAAAUUAUGAUAAUUCAGACUGACAGGUGAUUCGAGAAUAUACAAUUAAAAAUAUACGAAAAUAAACCUCGAAUUUAAAUCGUUGAUUUUGACAAUAUGCUAAUUAGUGUCAUUAUUUUCCUCUCACGGGAAAAAUCCGAUUAUUCGAAAAUGAAUAAAUAUUGCGAAGAGCUCUUCAACGAAAAAUUUCCCCAGAAAAUCUACGUGAAGCGAUUGCUGUUGAAAUUUCCAUGACUCGUAAUUUUCAAUGUGUGGGAGAAUUUUAUUUCAAUCCAGCGGACCAUGUAUCGAGAAUCUCAAUAGAUACUUCAUUAACCCCUUGUGCUGAAUAGCCCGUUAGCCGACCGAUGGGUUUAGUGGAUUCCCAGUUCGAGGGGAUUAACGUGCUUCAUUCAUAAUUCAAUUAUAACCGAAAUGAAAGAAAAUCCCUCCGAGAAAAAAACACCCCGACGAUUACGAUACUUCUAUUAUCGACCUGAAAAAAGGUCUGCACUAAUGACCACUUUUUAAAAUCCCCGAGGGGAGAAACUACUUCAGGGAAAUAUUUAUUUUUUCAAUCCUUUAUUUCUCAAACCCAGUAAUUCCCCGACAAUUUUAAUUACCCUUAAAUUGCGUCAAUUAUCUCGUUCUAAAACACGAUCAAGUCAAUUAUAAUUUUGAAUGAAGUCCUGAAGUAAUAAUGAACCCGAAAUAAUUCAUCAAAGUUCCUCCCUCAAGAAAAUCCGAAAUUUCGAAAACCUAAAUAAUUAUUAACAGAGUUCAUUGAGGGUCGCACAGCAGCUCCUCAUCCCCUAGCAAUAUUUGUCAGAAAUAAUUUUUUCCCCACGCACUCACCCCCUCUCCAUCAUAACUGAUCAAUCCCCAAGAAGUCAAUGUUUCCCCCAACACCAUAACUCCUCCCCGUCGUUCCUCCCCAUCAAAAGAUCAAUCGAUCCCCCAGGACCGCGCGAUCCAUUUCUUGAGAGACUCUCCACCCCCUCCCCCAUAUGUAUAUUCACCGCUCCUCAUCCCUGAUCUCAUUUCCCCCGGUGCGGAAGCGCCGUGGCCCAGAGGUCGGACGCGAAGAAAAUCAAACCGUAAGAGACAGAGAAACUCCUCCACCUCGACACCCCCUUCCUCCCCCAACCCCCCCAAAAUACACCCCAUGCACAUGUCCUCAUUCAUCCUACAUCUCCACCCUAUCCCUUCCCCCUUUCUCCCCCUACCACAAAC